AUGGGUAGGUACACAUCCUUGGGAGGUGGAACUAAGUGGAGAGCAGUUUAUCAUAUUCAGUACAGAUGUACAGAAACGCAUUCACGGCUAAUCCAAGCAAUAAUCGACGCAGUGAAAGAAGAGGUAACAAAGCAGGUAUACGAGUCUAUUAAACUGGACCUGCACAAGUAUUCGGAGGAAUUAGCCACUAUCCGAUCUUCGGUUAAUGACCUAUCCAGACAGUUGAAAGAAAUCCGCCGCCAGUGUGAAGACCAAGAGCAAUACUCGAGGAGACAAUGUCUUCGAUUCCAUGGUAUCGCCGAAAAAAGGGAUGAAAACACAGAUCAGCUGAUCAUCGAUGUCGUCCGUCGCAAUCUAGGGAUCAAUCUCGAUCCGGGUCAUAUCGACCGCAGCCAUCGCAUCACCCCAAGGUCAAGGAGCAACGUAUCGCAGCAGGCAGCGCAGAAGCCCCGGCCGAUCAUCAUAAAGUUCAGCAGAUAUAACACUCGUCAUGAGAUCUACAAAGCUCGUUCCAAACUCAAGGGAACCGAUGUAUUCAUUCAUGAGGAUCUCACCGCGAACAGACAAGCCAUCGUCAACAAACUUCGUUUCCAUGAGAACGUCAAGAAAGUAUGGACGCUUGAUGGCAGGAUCACGGCUCUCAACGCUGACGGCAGGAAGAUCUCCAUCACAAGUCUUGCCGAUAUUGACUCCAAACUGUAAGAUUAUCUCGCUUGUUUGAGAAUCUCAUGUCACUAUUUCUCCUAUAUGCCCAUAAAAUAUCCUUGUAUUUCUUGCGCAAAAUCAGUAAAAAGUAAUCAGAAUGCUUUUAAGUGUGUAGUUUGUGAUAAUUGGAUUCAUUUUUCAUGUUCUUGUUUAGGUCUGAACUUUUUCAACUCUAGUCAAGAUUGGAUUUGUUAUAAAUGUAGUUUUUCUGAAUUGCCUUUUGAUAUACAUUCUCAUGAAAACCGUGACGAAAUAAAUGGUAACUUGCCUUCUAGUAAUCAGUCAUCUUUUGAUAAUGAGACAAACCUUAAUUCUUUACAUAAUCACGACGUCCCAGUUAAGGACAAACUAAAAGAUCUACAUAAAAAGGGUAUGAAAAUCAUACAGUUAAAUGUUAGAAGUUUACUGCGUAAUAUAGAUGAAAUAAAGUUAUUACUUGACGAAUACCACAUUGAUAUUGCCGCUUUUAACGAAACUUGGUUGGACGAUACUAUUAUGAAUAGUGAAAUUCAUAUUGAUCAAUAUAAAAUUGUUCGUAAGGACAGAAACCGGCAUGGAGGAGGCGUCGCCGUCUAUAUACGAGAUAGCCUUGACUUUGAAGUAUUGAACCAUGAUUCGUUGUGUAAUUUGGAAGCCAUUGUUCUUCUUGUUCGCAAUAAAUUUUUCCAUCCAUUUGUCUUUGUUACUUGGUAUCGCCCUCCAAAUAUUUAUUCUGAUCUUUUUUGCCACUAUGAAUCACUUUUAUCUUUCAUCGAUAGUU